CUUAUCCACAUUUUCCCAUAAGAAGUGUUAAUUUCAAAAAUGAAAAAUAUAAAAAUAAACCUUGAUAAGUGCAUUAAAACUACGAAUAUAUAAUAAGCAAAAACAUUGUGCUUGUGCCAAAACCAAAUUAUAACUAAUACAGGAACUUUGUUCGAUUUUCCUUAUUUGGUCAGUGCAAAAUUACAUAGCAAGCAUAAGCAUAUCAGGCAAUACAUUCGAAGGGAAAAAUCAAUUGAGUAAUUUGCAAAUACUUCAUUAACUUUAACCUUGUGAAAACUGAUGUUAAGUUUUAAAACGGAUCUGGCAUAAAGGAUUGAGAUUAAAUUGUUUCCAAAUAAUAAAAUACGUUGCAGAGAUAGUUUAAAGUUUUUUCCAAUAUGUUGCGAAACAACUCGAAAUUCAAACGGGUCGUUAAAGUUUCGAAGUAAAAUUGCACUUACACGAAAAUGAAAAAAUUUACAUUCAAGGGAGUCCUUGAUGGUUUUCGACAAAGCGUGCAACCACAGGUGUACAGACAAGAAGUGGAAAUACCGGAACAUUUAAAGCCGGAACACUUUACGCUUAAGAGGACAUUUCGACACGGAUUUCCUUACUGUCCAACUGCGUUCGCCUUUGAUCCCGUGCAGAGACUCCUAGUGAUUGGAGAUAAAUCUGGGUUUAUAAGAAUACUUGGACGGCCUGGUGUAGAUGCUCAAGCAAAGCACGAAGGCGAGUCAGAGUGUGCUGUCAUACUUACGGAAUUUCUAAUCAAUGAAGGUGCACUUGUAACAGUAACAGCGGAUGACACAUUGCACUUGUGGAGUAUACGACAGAAGACGCCGCAAGUAGUUCAGAGUCUCAAAUUUCAAAGAGAGAGGGUAACAUGUAUUCACCUACCUGUUGGAAGCAAAUGGCUAUAUGUUGGAACAGAAAAGGGUAACAUUCAUGUGGUACACGUGGAAACGUUUACGCUUAGUGGCUACAUAAUCAACUGGAACAAGGCUAUUGAAGUGGUUCGAACUAGUCAUCCUGGUGCUGUGAUUGCGUUAUGUGAUAAUCCCAUAGAUGCAAACAAGCUUCUUAUUGCUUUUGAAUGUGGACUUCUUGUUCUGUGGGACCUUAAAAGUAAAUGUGCGGAAUUCCGUUGGCAAGCUGCUGAGCCAGUUAAGUCGGUAGCUUGGCACUAUGAAGGCAAAUAUUUUAUUUCCUCUCAUACGGAUGGCUCCAUAUGUACUUGGCCAACAAAACCUAUACCUAAACCUCAGUCAGUUAUUUGCCCUCACGCUAAAGUUUCUAAGGAAGGCGUAGUAGAAAAAUGUAAACCUAUUUACAAAGUCGAUUUAAAAACGUCACAAAUGGGCGACUCGUUUACAAUAUUUUCUGGUGGAAUGCCCACUGAGAAAAGCUCUAAAUCGAAUUGUAUAACAGUCAUGGUGGGAAAAUCAACGACUGUUUUGGAAAUGGAGCACGCUGUCAUGGACUUCAUUAUACUCUGUGAAAAUCCUUGGUUAUGUGAAACUCAAGAACCCUAUGCGAUAGCAGUACUUCUCCAAUAUGACUUAGUUUUAAUAGACUUACUCACGCCCGGUUUUCCAUGUUUCGAAUCGCCUUAUCCCAUGGACUUACACGAAUCACCUGUUACAUGUUGCACCUAUUUAACUGAUUGUCCUUCGGAUUUGGUUCCUGCUUUUUAUUCUGUUGGUCGAACAACGACUAGUAAAAAAACUGGCUUUUCUGAGCGAGAAUGGCCGAUUAGCGGCGGGGAAUGGUUUCCUGCAUCGUGCAGUUAUUCGGAAAUCGUUAUAACUGGACAUCAAGAUGGCACUUUAAAGUUUUGGGACUCUGGUGCAGGCACUUUGCAAAUUCUGUAUAAAUUGAAAACGGCAAAAGUUUUUGAAAAACCGAAAAAUCCGCAUCCCGAUAGUGGUAUUGAUAAUCCACUUGCCAUUCAGCAUAUAUAUCUUUGCUCUGAAUCGCGCCGAUUAUGUGUUGCUGGUGCUGUUGGACAAGUUAUGCUGUUUAAAUUCCGUAAAGGCGAAUCAACGUCUGAGGUUUUGUCAUUGGAAAUCCCGAUUCUGUAUGAAAAUUUUGACGACAUUUAUGGUACAAGCCCAGAAUGCGAUUUCAUACCACAUCAAGUUCAAAAAACCGAGUCAAGCGAAUCUGAUAAGACCGACUGCCCCUUAAAAGUUAAAGUGGGAGCACAACGAAAACCAGCUGGGUUUCAGUCGCAAUUAGUUUGUCUCACUACUGGUCCAAAUAGAAGAAACGUUCAAGUCACUUCAUUAUGCAUUAAUUCUAGUUAUGGACUCAUGGCAUACGGAACGGAAUACGGACUUGUUGUUAUUGAUAUUGUACAAAAAACCUGUUUGCUAAGUGUUGCGUGUCCUGACUUGUACGGUGCUAAUGACCCCUAUUCCAGGAAUCCUAAAAGCCCGAAACGAAUUGAAAAUAAAGAAGAACAGAGCCGAUCGCCCAGUUCUGAUCAGCUGAACGACACCACUAGCCCCGACAGCCCAUCCAUUGAAUUUAUUCCCGAAACAAAUGAGCCUUUUUCAUCUUAUCAAAAUCAGUCAAAUUCAUCGCGACCCACAUCUCCAGAAAAUGAAAGUGCAUCAACGAAUAUUUUGUCAAAAAGUCCACUUCGCGAAGAAACUCCGAACCCGCCAAAAGAACUGCAAGAUAGAAGAAAGUCAAUGUCAUGGAAAACUUUUAACCUUAAACGUCAAUUAUCAAAAGUCAAUAUGAAAAUUGGUAUUAAUGUUAAUACUGAAAUCGAUCUUAUUAAAAAUAAUUCUGUCUUUUACACUCAAAAAGAAGUAUCACCUGAUGAGAGUGGCGGCGAGAGUGUAUCGCCAAAUGACAAAACAAUUAAGAACGACAGUAAAGAAAACACCUGUGAUUUCAGCAAUGAACCUGAUACUGAUCAACGUGAUUGUGAUGGUAAACAAAUAACCAGUUUUCUCACAAAAGGUUGUAAUAAUAAUGCUAACUUAAGCACAAACGAUGAUUUAGCAGAUCGUGAUGAUAUUUUUGACAUUUCAAACGACUGUCGAACAAAUACGAAAAAAGUAGAGUUCGAAAAAGAAACAACUGAGGAUGGUCAAACUUCAAGGCCUAGUGACUUACCACUCUCCGGGUCUGUUGAUGCCAAUCAGGGAGAAAAUUUGUGUAAUAAAACCGCUCGUCAAAAAUUUAAAGAGAAGCAAAGGGAUCAGCGACUACUAUCUGUUCCAAAUAUUAAAUAUCAAACCCGAGAUAUUCGAGCAAGGACAAAUAAAAUUGAUUCUUCACCGUCCAUAAGUGGAAAUGUUUCAAAAAAAAUAUAUAAAUUGGACGGCUCAUUUUCAAGAUCCAGAUCAUCGUCUAUGUCAAGUAUUGAUAUGUCUUCCUCGGAAUCUGUCACAAGUUUAGCUUUUAUUGAAAGUUAUGGAAAGAAAAGUGAUACUUUAACACUUGUUCCUACACUUUGGAUCGGAACUAGUUUCGGAUCUAUUUUAACUCUUCUGAUAACCCUGCCCGAGAGAGAGUUACGAAAAACGCAACCUGUGUUAGUGGCAAUUAACGGAGGGCCUGUGGUGCGUUUAAAGGGUUCAAUUACAUCAAUGUCAUUUUUAGACUCAUUUGGUUCUUUGAUUCCAUUUUCGUUUGAAGCUUGGCGAGAUGAAAGAGAUGGCAAAAAAGAUCGUACCCCAACAAAGAGUAGUAGUAAAACGAGCCCAACUUUUACACCAACAACUGCCAACACAAUAUCAAGUACUCCGGGUGGAAAUGUUUAUAGCAGCAGUAGCAACGCUAGCAGUAGUGGCAUAAGUGGAAGCCUUAGCACUGGGUUAGAUUCAUUAACAGAUAGACAAUAUAUAGUAAUCACAAGUGAAAAGCAAACAAAAGUCUUCGAUAUUGCAAAUCAAAGUUGUAUUUAUCGCAUUAAUUUAUCAGAGAUGGAUUUUGCAGUAAAAGCGGAAACUAUUUCAAUGAAAGAUGGAUCAUGUUUAGCGAUAUAUCUCUCCAAUGGACAUUUAAUGGUUCAUAGUCUUCCUAGUCUAAGAUUAUUAAUGGAUACCGAUUUUUUACCAUUGAUGGAAUUAAGUUUUCAGACAAAGUGCAAGCAAGGAAUUGUGGAUCCAAUGCUUUCCAUAUGGGGUCAACAAAUCAUUGUUCAUGAGGAUACAACCCAAAUUUCAAAGAUAUUUUGCUUUAGUCACAAAGGGCAUGGAUUGUACAUGGCAACACCCACCGAAAUUCAGAAAUUCACAAUAUCAUCAGAAUUCUGUCAAUUCAUUUUGGAGAUGAUGGGUGAAUUAUAUACCGUACAUGAAAUGCCUGAGCAACCGAAAGAGAGCUUUUUCAAAGGACUAUUCGGUGGAGGAGCGAAAUGUUUGGAUAGAGAAGAACUUUUUGGAGAGCAAAGUGGGAAAGCAAAUAGAUCAGUUGCCAAACAUAUACCUGGUCCCAAUUUGGAUCAGCUAGGACAGCGAGCUUCUACUGCAGCAUCUGAAAUAAGCAGGGCGCAUCAGUUGGCAAUGGAAAGAGGAGAGAAGCUUAAUUUGCUGGAGGAGAGGGCGGAACGUAUGGCCAACACAGCUCAAGACUUCAGUGGAACGGCACAUCAAUUAAUGCUUAAAUAUAAAGAUAAAAAAUGGUAUCAGUUGUAAAAAUCUAUUUUAAGAUCUAAUUCUACCACAGUUAUUGUAAUAUUGCUUUUAUAACACUUUCUACUACAUCAAGGUACACUUAUUUAAUUUCUGUUUUCAAAUAGUAAUGUUAUUUAUAAACUGUUUUUAAUAAAAAUUUAGACAAAUA